AACACGUCCAAUUUUUUCUCUACUUGUGCAUUUUCUGUGAAGCAAGAGAGAGAAAGAGUAGGAGAGAGAAAAUGGGAGGUGGACAUGGAGGUCCUGGAACAACUUACAAGGGGAUGACUCUUCACACCCCUAAACGAUGGCAUUCCGUUACUGGCAAGGGCAUGUGUGCUCUUAUGUGGUUUUGGGUUCUUUACAGAGCUAAGCAAGAUGGUCCAGUUGUAUUGGGUUGGAGACAUCCCUGGGAUGGGCAUGAUGACCAUGGACAUUAAAUGGAUUUUUGCUUAAUUACGAGCUUGCAGCUGAAUGGUGAAAAGAUUUGCUCUGCGACCUCAUCAUGGAUGUAAUAUCAGACAUUUUCGACAUUUCUGUCUAAUAAUGUGAAUUUUGAAUUUGUUGAAUUACCAUGUCAAAAUCUGGUCUUGCUGCUUUUGUUUAAGUUCUGGCAAAAUGUAUGGGUUUUAAUUUUUAAUACAUAUGUUUUACAUGAAGGCCAAACAUUGUCUUCAGUUUUCACCGAA